UCCGCAGGGUCCAAUCCUCCCCGCCCUAACAUCUGUCAAGUGCUCAAGUCCCGCCCCUCCUUCGCCCUGGGCCAAUGGACGAGCCUGAAGCUUGUCCCCAGAGAGGGGCGGGCUCGUGUUUCGGCCCGGAGGCGGGGCCUCGCUGAGGACCCUGGGCUGGGCGCCUCUGCCGGUUCAUCUCCCCUUCCUCCGCCGCCUCCUUUCAACCUUGUCCGCCGGUUGGCGCGGUCUCCGUUACAGCGGCGGCCGCUGCGGUUCCAGCUGCAGCUUCUCGCUCUCCGCGCUCCCUUCCCGCCAGGUCCCGGAGUUGGUCCCGCCAUGGCUCUCCUCACUGCGGCAGCCCGGCUCUUGGGAGCCAAGAAUUCAUCCUGCCUUGUUCUUGCUGUCCGGCAUGCCAGUGCUGCUUCCACGAAUCUGAAAGAUGUACUGAGCGAUCUGAUACCCAAGGAGCAGGCCAGAAUUAAAGCCUUCAGACAGCAGCAUGGGAAGACAGUGGUGGGCCAGAUCACCGUGGACAUGAUGUAUGGUGGCAUGAGAGGCAUGAAAGGACUUGUGUAUGAAACAUCCGUUCUUGAUCCUGAUGAGGGCAUCCGUUUCCGGGGUCACAGUAUCCCUGAAUGCCAGAAACUGCUUCCUAAGGCUAAGGGUGGGGAAGAACCCCUGCCUGAGGGCUUGUUUUGGCUGCUGGUAACUGGACAGAUGCCUACAGAGGAACAGGUGUCUUGGCUCUCACAAGAAUGGGCCAAAAGGGCAGCUCUGCCUUCUCACGUGGUCACCAUGCUGGACAACUUUCCUACUAAUCUGCACCCCAUGUCUCAGCUCAGCGCGGCCAUCACAGCCCUCAACAGUGAAAGUAACUUUGCCCGGGCGUAUGCAGAGGGCAUCAACCGAACCAAGUACUGGGAGUUGAUUUAUGAAGAUUGUAUGGACCUGAUUGCAAAGCUACCUUGUGUUGCAGCAAAAAUCUACCGGAAUCUUUACCGGGAAGGCAGCAGCAUUGGGGCCAUUGAUUCUAAGCUGGACUGGUCCCACAAUUUUACCAACAUGUUAGGCUAUACUGAGCCACAGUUCACCGAGCUUAUGCGUUUGUACCUCACUAUCCACAGUGACCAUGAGGGUGGUAAUGUCAGCGCCCACACAAGCCACUUGGUGGGCAGCGCCCUUUCAGAUCCUUACCUGUCCUUCGCAGCAGCCAUGAAUGGGCUUGCAGGGCCUCUACAUGGACUAGCAAAUCAGGAAGUGCUUGUCUGGCUAACACAGCUACAGAAGGAAGUCGGCAAAGAUGUGUCAGAUGAGAAGUUGCGAGACUACAUCUGGAAUACACUCAACUCAGGACGGGUUGUCCCAGGAUAUGGUCAUGCAGUGCUAAGGAAGACUGACCCACGAUACUCCUGCCAGAGGGAGUUUGCUCUGAAGCAUCUGCCUAACGACCCCUUGUUCAAGCUGGUUGCUCAGCUGUACAAGAUUGUGCCCAACAUCCUCUUAGAGCAAGGGAAGGCAAAGAAUCCUUGGCCCAACGUGGACGCUCACAGUGGCGUGCUGCUGCAGUACUAUGGCAUGACGGAGAUGAAUUACUACACAGUCCUGUUCGGAGUGUCGAGGGCACUGGGUGUGCUGGCACAACUCAUCUGGAGCCGAGCCCUAGGUUUCCCACUAGAAAGGCCCAAGUCCAUGAGCACGGAUGGUCUGAUGAAGUUUGUGGACUCUAAGUCAGGGUAAAAUGGGAGAUUGGGGGACACUGACUAUAAGAAAAUGAGGAAGCUUAAAAAUAAAGUAUAAUUUUGUUUUGUUUCAGGGGCCUUUAAGACUUAAGAUUAAACUGUAUGUGAGGCACUGAAAAUACAUUUGAAGUUAAAAUAUAAAUUAGGACUUAAAGAUGAAAAGCAAUCCCUUCUCCCUCACCAGCUCACCUCCCUGGUAUGAGUUGCCCAACAGCUGUAGGAUGACCAGGACUAAUGCAUGUGGUCAGUUAGAGCUGGCUGCCCACCAUUUCCAGAGUGAGAGUCUGGCUCCUCUUAUUCAGGUCAAAGCAGGUAACAGGAAAGCUGCAGUCACUGAAUGAAGCUUCUGUUUCUACUCCACCAGCCUCCACACCAUCAAGGCAGGGCUGGGUCCCUUUUGUUUCAAUAGGAACCCUGUUGGGUGUAGGUGGUGUCAAACCCUAGGGCCUUUUCCCGUGUACACAAGCACCUCCUAGCAAGAUCCAUGACCAUAAGUGGCAUGGUAUUUAUUGUGACUGCUACCCAGCAUAUGAUUCUAUUUCUCUUCUUAAAUUGUACCAUUGAAAUUAAUGUCUGGGAGUGUUCUGCUUCCUUCCAAACUUCCUAUACCUGCUGUGCCUCAGCUGAGGAUGCCCUGGGUCUCCCUGUCCUAGCCUCUGCUAGGGUCCUCGUACUUAGCAGGUCUGCGACCUGUGGUCUUCCCAGUCAGUCAUUCGGCUUUAUCAGUACUUAAUGUGAACUAGGCCUUUUACUUCCAUGGAACAUAAGCCACUCUUCUGACCUCGGUCUCCUGUUAAUAUGUUCUGGCACACAGAACAAGAGUCACAAAUGGCCAGCCUCUCCAUGGUCUGGUCCCAGGGGUUCGAGGCUUUCUUUUUGAACAGAAAAAUUACUUGCAAUUGGACAUAGUUUCCUUUGAAUAUCAGUUGAACUAGGGCUGAGGGCAUUGAAAACAGUGAGCCAACUUCUCAUCCCGUGUCAAGGACGUGUCCCUUUAUUUAUCGAUGUCUUUCUCUUGCUCGUUCUAAGUCAGAGCUCACAGUGCGGUGUUUAUUUUAGCAGCCCCAUUUGCACAGGUUUUCAGUGACUCAGAAUGCUCCACUGCCUUUUCUCUGAGAAAGGGUUGAGAUACACUCCUGUUGUGCCUCCCUUGCCCCAAAACUCCUGCCUGUGCUUGUGUGGAACCCAAACCUCAGUACCACACUGUUGAGAUGGACACACUGUAAACCCCUGGGUAACUGUUAAGUCAUGAUGCAGACUUCAGGUUGUUCUGUAUAAAAUGAAAAAUAAUAAAUGUUUUUAUUAUCAA